AUGUCGCUGUCGGAUUCUCAGACGCUGUCGGAACGGAAACCGCUGGAACGGCCGCCAAUAAAUCUAUCCCUCCGUCGACGCCCGCCUCCACAGCCUAUGGAAAACAAGAAGCUUGAGACCCUGACGCAGGAACCUUCUUCUUUGAAUCCUUUCCAGGAACAGGACAAGAGUCACACAGAGUCUGAGACGGACGACCGGAAAUCGACGUCUAGGGAACUCCAGAUUAACAUCCAGCUUGAAAAACCGUACAUCGACCUCCUAUACUCGGCGUCUUCCUCGCCAGAACCCUCCUUGCCUCACGAGCAGCAGUCGGAAACCCCGACGCAAGAGUUAUUUUCAGGCAAGCUUCCCGCCGAACAGCUCUUCAAUUACGACACAGCUGACACAAAAUCACAGCUACAGCAACAGCCAGAGCUGGACAACGAGCUGUACUUUUCGCCGCCGUCGUACAACUUCCAGAACCAGUCGUCCGAGUCCGACCAAUUCUUCGACGUUCACGAAACACGCUCGGAUAUCAGCACAGAGGACUCCAUCAACGACGAGUUGUAUCCUACAGAAUCACGCAACACAACAUUGCGUGUGCAGAACGCCGACACAGAGAGUACAGAAUAUAACCCCAGCGAGAGCUCUGGCCCGCUCUAUCGCCAGCAAUCGAUUGACUCCAAGCCCAGAACCACACAGAUCACAGAAGACGAUGAGGAUGAGGACGACUCUGGAGUCAGUUUCAUAGCCAAACCGCUGAACUACACGCACUUCGAUGUGGACGGAGUACAGCCACAGCAGAAGAUGGUGGUCUCCAACCCGUCUCUCGAUGAGUCGCCGCCGCACCCGACCUACGACCGGCGCGAGGUCCCCACAGUGGUACCUCUUUCGCACACCAACGUGGUGCAGCCCGCGCAGCCCGCGCAGACGGUUCCCGGAGCCGUCCAGACCAAGAGGAGACCGCCUCCUGACAACCCGUCGACCGGUCGCGGUGCCAGGGCGGUGUCGAUGUCGACUGCGCAGCCCGAGCUAUUUGAGACAAUAAAGCAGCCAAAUGCAACGCCAAAAAACGCCAGGCUCGACGCUGAAAAAGAAGACGAAGACAGCGAGCUGCACAAGCCGUCGUUGUACAUCUACAAGCUGCGCAAGGCCGCAGCAACAACUUAUGUGGACAAAAAUCCGAGCACCAAUAUCCUGCCCAUAGCUAUACGGAAAAACAAGGGCCACCAUUCGCGCACGGCGUCGCGGCAAUCGUCGCUCUUUUCGUACCAGGCGGCCAUCAAGCACGGUGCGCAGCAUCCUGGGCUGCUUGCGUCGGAGAUCGACGACGACGAGCUGCCGGACUCGAAGCUCAGUCAUUCAACAGGAAAAACCAAGAUUCCACAGGACCCCGACGCAGAGGUGCUCGAGGUGGCGGACCAGCUGAAGCGACUGACGGCUUCGGAUGAGGGUCUGAGGCGGAUGGCCAGCGUUAGCAGCGUCCAGCCUCCGCAGCCGCGGCUCAAGCUGUUUGUUGCCAACCCUGACGAGUAG